CAGGCUCAACGUUCAGUGACCACAGGCUGGUUAUUGUAGUGUCCCUGCUGAUUGUGGCUGCUUGAGUCUGAUAAGGCUCAUCCUCAGGGAUGCUGUUGCUGCUGCUGCUGCUGCUGCUUCUUCCACUAGAAUCCUAGAGACCAGGCAUGCCAGGGGAUCUUCUUGGGCCAGGACACCAACCGACUGAACGCGCUUUUCUUAACCCCCCGCAUGCUGUAGUAAAUAUACCUACGGUGGCUGGUGGGGUCCUUCAGUGGCCCAUGGAUGGGAGAGUGGAGAUGGAGAUGUUGAGGACCUUGAAGGGCGCUGCUGCUGGGGAGGUCAGCGUCCACCUGGUUGCCAAUGACAGCACCGGCCACCUGCCUGCCACCACCUUCAUCAUCCCAGCCAACACCACCACCAUCAGCCUCCCCACCAAUACCUUAGAGAUCCCGCGCUUCCCCAGGGAGUCUACCAGAGCAGGAGGGCCCGAGAGGGCCCCGGGGAGCGAGCCCGUCACCGCCACGGUGCUCCCCCAGCUCAGCUCGGGCCAGCCUGGCAGCACCGUCCGCGUGCUCGAGUGGAAGGACGGAGCCACCUCCCUGCCUGGGAGCAACCUACGGCUGAGGAUCAGCGACUAUGGAACCCUGAAGGUGGUGGGGACAGACAAGAUAACCUCCCAGGAGCUGCUCCGAGAAGACUCAGACCCAGACAGAGCCCCUCUGGCCCCAGCAGGUGGUGAAUGCCCUCCCGGACGCCAAGAGGAGGAAACUUUGGGCCAUUGCCACAUGUGUGGGCGGCAGAACGUAUCGGGGCAAAUCCGGGGUUUCUGCAGUGAGCAGUGCCAUCGACAAUUCAAAGAACGCUCUGUGAUUGUGGAGAACUCGGGGGGCAGCACCAACACAUCUGAGCUCCUGAAGCCUGUGAAGAAGAGGAAAAGGAAGGAAUACCAGAGUCCCUCCGAGGAAGAAUCCGAGCCUGAACCUCUGGAGAAACCAGAAGAACGGAAGAGCCUGGAAGCUGAGCCCACCGCCGACACCCCCGAGAGCGAGGAAUGGAGUAGCCAGCCUGGCCCUGGAGAGGAGAAGAAGGAUGGGUGGUCAUGGGCCACCUACCUGGAGGAGCAGAAGGCCAUUGCUGCACCGCUGGAUCUCUUCCAUGAUUGCCAAGCUUUCCCUCAGAACAAGAAUGGCUUCAAACUGGGCAUGAAGCUGGAAGGGAUUGACCCUCAGCACCCAUCCAUGUAUUUCAUCCUCACCGUGGUGGAGGUUUGUGGGUACCGAAUGCGUCUGCACUUUGAUGGCUACUCUGAGUGCCAUGACUUCUGGCUCAAUGCCGAUUCCCCCAACAUCCACCCAGCUGGCUGGUUUGAGAAGACUGGACACAGGCUACAGCCCCCCAAAGGUUACAAGGAGGAGGAGUUCAGCUGGAGCAACUACCUGCGGAGCACCAAGGCCCAGGCUGCCCCCAAGCACCUAUUUGCCAGCCACAGCAACAGCUCAGUGCCCACAGGCUUCCAGGUGGGCAUGAAGCUGGAGGCUGUGGACCGCAUGAACCCCUCCCUCAUCUGCGUGGCCAGUGUCACCGACGUGGUGAAUGGUCGUUUCUUGGUGCACUUUGACAACUGGGACGACACCUAUGAUUACUGGUGUGACCCCAGCAGUCCUUACAUCCACCCUGUUGGCUGGUGCCAGAAGCAAGGAAAACCCCUCACUCCUCCACAAGAUUAUCCAGAUCCUGAUAGUUUCUGCUGGGAAAAGUACCUAGAAGAGACUGGAGCCUCUGCCGUCCCUUCCUGGGCCUUCAAAGUGCGACCACCCCACGGCUUCCUCAUCAACAUGAAACUCGAAGCUGUGGACCGAAGAAGUCCAGCUCUGAUUCGGGCGGCCAGCGUGGAGGAUGUAGAAGACCACAGGAUAAAGCUCCACUUUGAUGGCUGGAGUCAUGCCUAUGACUUUUGGAUUGAUUCUGACCAUCCUGACAUACACCCUGUGGGCUGGUGCUCCAAGACUGGCCAUCCCCUACAGCCCCCACUCAGACCCAGAGAACCCAAUUCUUCUUCUCCUGGAGGCUGUCCCCCACUCAGCUGUAAGAGCCCACCCCAUGUUAAGACCUCCAAGUACAGUUUUCACCACAGGAAGUGCCCCACACCCGGCUGUGACGGCUCUGGCCACGUCACCGGAAAGUUCACGGCCCAUCAUUGCCUCUCUGGCUGCCCACUGGCCGAGAGGAACCAGGGCCGACUGAAAGCUGAGCUGUCGGACACCGAGGCCUCUGCACGCAAGAGGAACCUCAUUGGCUUCGCCCCCAGGAAGAAAUCCCGUCACCACGGCCGGAUUGGGCGUCCUCCAAAGUACCGGAAAAUCCAGCAGGAUGACUUCCCGGAAUAUCUCACGACUACCACAAUUUCUGUAGCCAUUGACACCACUCCUUAUUUUGCAGAGAUCCGAGGGAAGAUUGAUGGCGAGGCCUUCCUUUUGCUGACCCAGGCGGACAUCGUGAAGAUCAUGUGUAUUAAGCUGGGCCCAGCCCUGAAGAUCUAUAAUGCCAUUCUCAUGUUCAGAAAUGCCGACGAUACCUUAAAGUGACUGUUUCCCUGGGCCAGGACUCCCAAUCAUCGGGGUCCUCCCCCUCCUGCUAGCAUCUCCUUCUGGCCCCAGCUCCCUAAACCUACAUCCCCAUCCUCUCUCUGUCUCGUCCGUUUCCAUCCCAGGUUUGGUCUCCAUGUUUCUGGGGUUGGUCCCUAGGGAGUGGGUAUGGAGGGACUUUGGAGAAAGUGCA